AUGCUCCGCGACCUGCAGGCGGCAGGGCGGCGUCAAAUGACCCCCAUGGCCUAUGGCCUAGACGGCAAGGAACAGUCCGCCCUUUCCGGGUUAAAACAAUGGAUCAAUCCUAUUAUGGAGGCUGACGGCCUUGCCUUGGAUUUCACAGCAACCAACCUCAAGACUCCUCUUGCCUUGGUGCAUGCCAUGGUGCAUACCUCGCACGCCUAG